UUAUGAGAUGAACUCAAAGAUCUAAAACUUUUUCCACAUACACAAUAUCACCAUUUCUCUCAAAUAUUGUUCACAAAUCUGUCUAAAUCUGUGAUAGUGAGCACUUCUCCUUUGCUGAGAUAAUCCAUCCCACCUCACAGGUGUGCCAUAUCAAGAUGCUGAUUAGACACCAUGAUUAGUGCACAGGUGUGUCUUAGACUUCCCACAAUAAAAGGCCACUCUGAAAUAUACAGUUUUGUCACACAGCACAAUGCCACAGAUGUGGCAAGAUUUGUGGGAGCGUACAAUUGACAUGCUGACAGCAGGAAUGUCAACCAGAGCUGUUGCUCGUGUAUUGAAUGUUCAUUUCUCUACCAUAAGCCGUCUCCAAAGGCGUUUCACAGAAUUUUGCAGUACAUCCAACUAGCCUCACAACCGCAGACCACGUGUAACCACACCAGCCCAGGACCUCCACAUCCAGCAUGUUCACCUCCAAGAUGGUCUGAGACCAGCCACUCAGACAGCUGCUGAAACAAUGGGUUUGCAUAACCAAAGAAUUUCUGCACAAACUGUCAGAAACCGUCUCAGGGAAGCUCAUCUGCAUGCUCGUCGUCCUCAUCGGGGUCUUGAGCUGACUCCAGUUCGUGGUCGUAACCGACUUGAGUGGGCAAAUGCCCACAUUCGAUGGCGUCUGGCAUGUUGGAGAGGUGUUCUCUUCACGGAUGAAUCCCGGUUUACACUGUUCAAGGCAGAUGGCAGACAGCGUGUGUGGCAUCGUGUGGGUGAGCGGUUUUCUGAUGCCAAUGUUGUGGAUGGAGUGGCCCAUGGUGACGGUGGGGUUAUGGUAUGCCCAUACCAUAGGCGUCUGUUAUGGACGAAGAACACAGGUGCAUUUUAUUGAUGGCAUUUUGAAUGCACAGAGAUACCGUGAUGAGAUCCUGAGGCCCAUUGUUGUGCCAUACAUCCUAGAACAUCACCUCAUGUUGCAGCAGGAUAAUGCACGGCUCCAUGUUGCAAGGAUCUGUACACAAUUCUUGGAAGCUGAAAACGUCCCAGUUCUUGCAUGGCCAGCAUACUCACCGGACAUGUCACGUCAAAAUACAAGAGACAUGCAGUUUAAGUGUCAGAAAAAUGUAUUGUCUGUUUGCUGUAGUACCUAGUUGCAUUGCCAUCUGGAGCCUCUUAAUGUUUAAUGAAAUGGAGUUACAGGUGUGUUUGGGAAGAGUCCGUAAACGUGUCCUCCUUGUUGUCCAACAGUUAAACAGUUGUACUGAUAAAUUCUGCAGCAUGAAAUUGUAAAUGAGUGUCUGAUGGCUGUUUGGUUUAGCUAGCUGCCAAACUUUCAAGCAAAUAUUAAACUAGGACUAAAUGCUAACACAGAUUUGAGUGUCUAUCAGCAGAGACAGUCAUUGACCAGGUCACUUUUAUGGUGCCAGCGUCAUUCAGCUGCAUUUCUAGUGAGUCUCUUACACUGUAGAUGGACUCCAAAUCCACUGUCUUGAUUGCAGCCAAUGACCAGAGUGCUUGUUCCGCUCUCUGAGACUACAGGAAUUGGAGAAUUGGUUCAUAUGCCACUAUGCCAAGCUCACUGAGUCUGCAGAACAGAAGAAGUUGAAGAGACAGCCAACAACCAUCACCUUUUGCAGUCCAAAAUGGAUGAAGAUUCUGACAUCGAGGACUGAUAGUGACUGGUCAGCCUGCAAGCGCAGAAACACAACACGGGAGAGACUGGGGCUAAUUGAUAAGCAGUGACUAAACUGUAACCUACAACAAGACAAGUCAGUUGGGAAGUUGAAUCUGUUGAAUUUUUUUUGUUUUUUCAACCAGAAGCAGAUGAUUUCAAACAAGGUGUAAAAAAAAAAAUAAAACUAACAGAUUUUUGUAUUGAUGAAUCAUCCCCAACAGUCUUCUAAAUUUAGGUUGAGUGAAUUGUGCUAAUGUACCAUGGUGGUAGCAGAUGUUUACAGAUUUGUCCCUAAUGGGAGGUGAGAAAAAAAAUGCAAUGCAGAAACUCUCGGGACAUUAGAUCAUAUCCUGUCGCCCCAUUUUUGGCAGGUUACUCUUCCACUUUUUAAUUUAUUAUUGGACGCCUCAUCUGUCUGCCCACCAAAUGAAAGUUAUCCCAGAACAGAUUGCUGUUUCACAGUCAGGCUUUUGGAGUGACUUCUUUGAGAUGUUUGGCAUCUCUUUUGUGACUGUGUUUGAGCAUCCUAUCUGCUUAAAGUGAUCGAAAAUUUAAGUGCAUCCAAGUAUUUCUUUUCUUGAAUCAAGAGUAUAAUUAUAAUCUCUCACAACUGUACUGCAUUAAACUAGAAUGCUAUGCUACCUUUAGGAGAGAAAAGACAAUACUUAGGGGAAAAAAUGAGAAAAAAGGAAAGUACUUGUGUUUUUGGCUCCCAGCCAGGUCAGAGCCGUCUCUCCUACUCACUCCCUUCCUUUUCUCUUCACUUUCCCUCUCCCACUCCCACUUCUCUCUCACAUCUGGAGGGUAUCUGGUGUGGCUGUGUGACUCCUCGCCUGCUAUGGGACAGCCUGUGUUUGGACUGGAUGUCAGACUUCAGUGUGUUUCAGCUAACGUUGGUCGGAAGGGGUAAAGUAGAGCAGGAGACCACAACGCUACUUUUGCAGACUUUACUGCUGCAUGUUUUAUGGGUGGCUGUUGCAUUAUAUGGAGCUUAGACUGAGCAUUAAGUGUCAGCAUCAUUCAUCCGUGCAUGGCAGCUCUGGCAUGUGUGUUUCGGGUAAUCCAGACCUUGACGGUGCAGUAAAGUCACCUCGCAAACCCUCGUCAGCAGAGAACGAGCAGGAAAACAAGCAGAUUACCUUUAAAAUGCACAGCACCUUUGCUUAUAAAGACUGUUCUGACUUCAAGCCUCGAAAACUUUAAGCCCUUGCACUUGGUGAGGACUGAAGUUUCGGACACAGAGCCGGCUGUCUUUUGUUAUUGUCCUGGAGAGCUCAGCAGUGGACAUGGCUUUUCCCAAGCAUUCCAUCCUGCAGGCCCUGAGUGUGCUGCUCUUGGCCUGGGUGCUGGUGCGUUGCCAGGCCCUUGUCCAACCAGAGGAAGAGGAGGAGGAAGAGCCCACAAAGGAGGUCGACGUCGCAACAGUGGUGACGAAAUCUGAGCCGAUCAAAUGUCCGGCAGAUUGCAGCUGUGCAGCAGAGGGGGCAAUCGACUGCGCAGGGGUGGACCUCACGGAGUUCCCCGCUGAUCUGUCUGAUAAAACCCGCCAGCUCUCUCUACAGAACAACAAGAUUGAGGAGAUAACCAUGGAGCACAUUUCUCAUCUGCAUCAGCUCGAAACUUUUAACCUUCAGAACAACUGGCUCACCACAGAUGGCCUUGAAGAUGAAGGGUUUGAAAUGCUCGAACAACUGGCUUAUUUAUACCUGGCAAAUAACAAGCUCACAUAUGCACCAAAGGUUCUGCCACCCUCUUUGGUUAGUGCUGAUUUUGCUGCUAACCAGCUCACAAGGAUCUAUCCAUACACAUUUGGUCAUAAACCAAAACUGAGAUCUGUGUAUCUCCACAACAACAAGCUGACGGAUGCAGGGCUUCCUGAUAGUAUGUUCAACGCUUCUAACAACUUGGAGAUCCUCACCAUGUCCAGCAACUUCCUGCGGGUCGUCCCCAAGAACCUGCCGUCCACUCUUUACCGCCUUCACCUGAAGAACAACAAACUUGAGAAAAUCCCAGCAGGGGCAUUUGACAACUUGUCCAACCUCAGAGAGCUGUAUCUGCAAAACAACCUCCUCAGCAAUGAGGGGAUGGACAACGAGACUUUCAGCCAGCUGAGCAGUCUUGAGUGUCUGGACUUGUCAAAUAACAACCUGAGCGUUGUUCCUAAGGGUCUGCCUCGCAAUCUUGUGCUGCUACACCUGGAGAAGAACUCCAUCCAAAGCAUCCCCGGAGAUGCUCUGACUUCUGUCAGAAACCUUGAAUACCUUCUCCUCCACAAUAACAAGCUUCGUUCCCGUUCUAUCCACCCGGCUGCCUUCCAGGGCCUGAAGAAGCUGCACACACUGCACAUGUACAACAAUUUACUAGAGCGUGUUCCUAGGGGCUUGCCGCGACGAGCCAAGACGCUAAUGCUGCUCCACAACUCGAUUUCUGAAAUUGGCCGCAACGACUUGGCCUUGCUGUACACCCUGACAGAGCUCAACCUCAGCUACAACAAGCUGACAAGCCCCAAGAUGCACCGCGAGGCCUUCAGGAAGCUGCGUGUGCUGGAAACCCUGGACCUGUCAGGAAACGGCCUUUACACGUUACCACUGGGUCUUCCUCGCAGUCUGCAAGUGCUUGAGAUCAAAAACAACCAACUCAACUCCUUACCAGAUGGUGCGCUGACUGGCAUGGAGAAGCUACGGAAGUUGAUCCUGAGUGAUAACCAGCUGAAACUGAACUCCAUCUACCAGGGAGCCUGGAUGGAGCUCGGUGCUCUCACAACGCUCGACCUGUCUGGCAACCAGCUGUCACACAUCCCCUCUGACCUGCCAGAGUCUCUGGAGUACCUUUACCUGCAAAGUAACCGCAUCUCCAGUGUUCCUGCUUCAGCUUUUGAAGGCACUCCAAACAUCAAAGGCAUCUUCCUCCGGUUUAACCGUCUGUCUGUGGACUCCGUGGACGAGAGCUCUUUUGCACACCUGUCCAACUUACAAGUGCUGGACAUCGGCACAGGAAACACCGACCUCCCCUUUAAAAGAGAGGUGACGGAUGGCGAUGAGAUGAUGGAAGAGGAGGAGGAAACAUAAGAAACGCUCAAUUCAACUGACAUUGGACUGCGUUGUGUUGAUGACCGAAAGGACUUUGAAAUUGGAAUGAACCUGUGAAUGCCAUUUCCCAGGUCCAUUUUUGUGACGUGCUGAGUGGCAGAGUCACGUAUUUCUGGUGCAGGAUACCGGAUGAAGUUGCUUUAGUUUCCAUUUGUUGGGCUGGUUAGAAAUGCAUAUCUUUAUAUCUCAGCAUUAUUAUUUGUCUUUGACGAUGCCGUGAAACACCGAUCAUUUAAUUGUGUAUGUUUACUCUAAAAAAUCGUUCAGAAAAAUCAAUGUGAAAUUUCCCAUGUAAAUGUUUCUGAAUCGACAUCAAGCAUGUAAGCACCCUCUGUUACCUGCUUUCAUUUUCUAAGUGGCUACCUUGACAUUUAAAAAGUGAUUUUACUGGUGAUACUGUGAAGCAAUUUAAAAUAAGCAGUGUGAGGAACAAGACAAAACCACAGUUGUUGAUCCCAGCAAGAAGCUGCGUUUCAGUGCUUGUGUCUUUGAACAUAUCACUUGUUUUGUAUAUACUGAGUUAUUUUCUAUUUUAGCAGAUCCAAUCUAGUACCAUCAACAAUCUGGAAUGUUACAUUUUCUAUUGAAAAGGUACAUAGAGAGUGCAGACCUCCAUACAAAACACACAAAAUCAAGCCUCUAUCAUUUAUAUAGGACAUUUAAAGCAGCUGACAUUGAGGCAAAAGAAACAAGAAAAGCACUCAGCGCAGUACUCUGCCAAGGCUGUUCACUCCCCCAUAUGGUAUUGUCAGAAAUGCAGCAUAUUUUUUGUAGAAUUGCAGCAUUUGUUUAUGAGUUAUUGAUGAUCAGAAACCACGGCAACAAGGAAUGUGGCCAUUUAAUAUACACUGCUCAAAAAAAUUAAAGGAACACCUUUUAAUCUAAGUAUUGAAACAUGUGGGAUACUGAUCUGGUCAAGUAAGUAACUGAGGGGCUUUUUAGUCAGUUUCAGCUGCUUUGGUGUUCAUAAAAUUAACAACAGAUGCUAGAGGGGUAACAAUGAGACAACCUGCAAAACAGGAAUGAGUUUACAGGUGAAGGCCACUGACAUUUUUUUCCUUCCUAAUAUUUUCUGACUGUUUUUCACUAGUUUUGCAUUUGGCUAGGGUAAAUGUCACUUCUGGUAGCAUGAGGCGAUACCUGGACCCUACAGAGGUUCCACAGACAGUCCAACUCCUCCAGGAUGGCACAUCAAUGCGUGCCAUUUCCAGAAGGUUUUCUGUGUCUCCCAGCACAUUCUCAAGAGCAUGGAGGAGAUUCCAGGAGACAGGCAGUUAGUCUGGGAGAGCUUGACAGGGCUGUCGAAGGUCCUCAACCGAUCAGCAGGACAGUUAUCUGCUCCUUUGUUCAAGGAGGAACAGGAUGAGCACUGCUAUAGCUCUUCAAAAUGACCUCCAGCAGACCAUUGGUGUGAAUGUCUAUCAGACAGAGAUGUAAUGAGAGUGGUCUGAGGGCCCAGCGUCCUCUAGUACCCGCUGUGCUCGCUGACUGGCACCGUGGAGCUCGGCUGGCAUUUGCCAUAGAACACAGGAAUUUGCAAGUCCACCACUGGUGCCCUGUGCUUUUCACAGAUGAGAGCAGGUUCACCCUGAGUGCAUGUGGCAGGCAUGAAAGGGUCUGGAGAAGCCGUGGAGAACGUUAUGCUGCCUGUAACAUUGUUCAGCAUGACCGGUUUGGUGGUGGGUCAGUGAUGGUGUGGGGAGACAUAUCCAUGGAGGGACGCACAGACCUCUACAGGCUGGACAACGGCAUUCUGACUGCCGUUAGGUAUCAGGAUGAAAUCCUUUGACCCAUUGUCAGACCCUACAUUGGUGCAGUGGUCCUGGAUUCCUUCUGGUGCACGACAAUGCCCAGUCUUAUGUGGUAAUAGAACUCAUGCGGUUCCUGGAGGAUGAAGGAACUGAUACCAUUAGCUGGCCCCCAUGCUCACCUGACCUGAAUCCAAUAGAACACCUUUGGAACAUUAUGUUUUGUUCCAUCCGACACCGUCAGGUUGCUCCUCAGAUUGUCCAGGAGCUCAGCGAUGCCCUGGUCCAGUUCUGGGAGGAGAUACCCCAGGACACCAUCCAUCAUCUCAUUCGGAGCUUGUCCCGGCAUCGUCAGUCAUGCAUACAAGCACAUGGAGGCCAUACAAACUACUGAGUACCGUUUUGAGUUGCUGCCAAGGAAUUUCAGAAAGAUGGACUAGCCUGCCACAUCAGUUUUUCCCUUUGAUUUUGGGGUGUCUUGAAUUUAGCCCUCCUGGGGGGUUGAUAAUUUUCAUUCCCAUCAAACAAUGUGGCACUUUUCAUUCCUAACACAUUAUCCAGUAUACACACGUGGAGAAAAUUGUUGGUACCCCUCAGUUAAAGAAGGAAAAACCCACAAUUCUCACUGAAAUCACUUGAAACUCACAAAAGUAACAAUAAAUAAAAAUUUUAUUGAAAAUUAAAUAAUCAAAAACAGCCAUUACUUUUGAAUUGUUGAUUAACAUAAUUAUUAAAAAAAACAAACUAAUGAAACAGGCCUGGACAAAAAUGAUGGUACCUCUAUAAAAGAUUGAAAACUAUUUGACCAGAGUGACAUGAUUAACUCAGGUGUGUCAUUUAAUUGACAUCACAGGUGUUUCCAAACUCAUAAUCAGUCAGUCUGCCUAUUUAAAGGGAGACAAGUAGUCACCCUGCUGUUUGGUGAAAAGGUGUGUACCACACUGAACAUGGACAACAGAAAGCGAAGGAGAGAAUUGUCCCAGGACAUCCGAAAAAAAAUGAUAGACAAACAUCUUAAAGGUAAAGGCUAUAAGACCAUCUCUAAACAGCUUGAAGUUCCUGUGACAACAGUGGCUCAUAUUAUUCAGAAGUUCAAGACCCACGGGACAGUAGCCAACCUCCCUGGACGUGGCCGCAAGAGGAAAAUUGAUGACAAAUUGAAGAGACGGAUCGUUCGAAUUGUAUCCAAAGAGCCCAGAGCAACCUCCAAAGAAAUUAAAGGUGAACUCCAAGGCCAAGGUACAUCAGUGUCAGAUCGCACCAUUCGUCGUUGUUUGAGCCAAAGUGGACUUCAUGGGAGACGACCAAGGAGGACACCACUGCUGAAAAAAACUCAUAAAAAAGCCAGACUGGAAUUUGCAAAAAUGCAUGUUGACAAGCCACAAAGCUUCUGGGAGAAUGUCCUUUGGACAGAUGAGACCAAACUGGAGCUUUUUGGUAAGGCACAUCAACUCUAUGUUCAUAGACUCAAAAACCAAGCAUACGAAGAAAAGAACACUGUCCCUACGGUGAAACAUGGAGGAGGCUCAGUAAUGUUUUGGGGCUGCUUUGCUGCAUCUGGCACAGGGUGUCUUGAAAGUGUGCAAGGUACGAUGAAAUCUGAAGACUAUCAAGGCAUUCUGGAGAGAAAUGUGCUGCCUAGUGUCAGAAAGCUUGGUCUCAGUCGCAGGUCAUGGGUCUUCCAACAGGACAACGAUCCAAAACACACAGCCAAAAACACCCAAGAAUGGCUGAGAGAAAAGCGUUGGACUAUUCUAAAGUGGCCUUCUAUGAGCCCAGAUCUGAAUCCCAUUGAACACAUGUGGAAGGAGCUGAAACAUGCCAUUUGGAGAAGACACCCAUCAAACCUGUGACAACUGGAGCUGUUUGCUCAUGAGGAGUGGGCCAAAAUACCUGUUGACAGCUGCAGCACGCUCAUUGACAAAUACAGAAAUCGUUUAAUUGCAGUGAUUGCCUCAAAAGGUUGUGCAACAAAAUAUUAAGUUAUGGGUACCAUCAUUUUUGUCCAGCCCUAUUUCAUUAGUUUGUUUUUUUAAAUAAUUAUGUUAAUCAACAAUUCAAAAGUGAUGGCUGAUUUUGAUGAUUUAAUUUUCAAUAAAUUUUUAUUUAUUGUUACUUUUGUGAGUUUCAAGUGAUUUCAGUGAGAAUUGUGGGUUUUUCCUUCUUUAACUGAGGGGUACCAACAAUUUUGUCCACGUGUGUAUAUCAAUGCUAAUAUCCAGUUUGUUUUUUUCCCCGUAUUGAAAUAUGAUGUAUUUUCAAAGUGUUCCUUUAAUUUUUUUGAGCAGUGUAGAUGUACCCACAAACAACAUGACCUUGUGCUGAGCACAGGAGUGUGUCAUGCAUGCAUAUGUUAUGUACAGAUACCAAAUCACGUGACCUAAAUAUGUAGCGGUCGGCCGGAACUGAUGGGACUCUGAAGCAACCCUACAAUUUAAUCAAUUGCUCUUUGUAUAAUGUUGGAUGGAUCGUCACAUAACUCCACUGAAUUCCUUGGCGGAGUAAUAAGAUUACAUACAAUUACAAUAACAUUUCAAAUUUACCCAACCACCUUAAAUAUUAAGGUUAAGAGACUACAAAACUCUAUAUUACAUAAAUUUAUCUGACUAAUUAAAUUAUUAUAAUCAAUAACUGACAACUGACAAUAUUGUAUAAUUUAUCAAACUGAAUAAUUUAAUAGUUAUACAUGGACAACCCAAGGAAUCCAGAGAUUCUGUUUGAGCAAGGACUUGGUUAAAAUUGGGACAAAAUCCGAAAAAUUUCUGGACAAACUUCGUCAUCCAGAUCCAUACUGAACUUCAUGGCCUCUUCCUUUGCCAGGCUCCACGUCUCCCCCAAGUAUCAUGAAAGUCGACUGAGUAGCUUUUGCUUAAGAAAGAAAAAACAACGAACGCUAACGAAAACAUAAAUUCCUUGGUGAAGGCAAUUACAUAUAAAAAAGAAUAUAAAAAAGAAUAACAAAAAGCAAAACCUUGGAAAAGCUUUCAAGAUCCAAUCCCUGAAGUCCUCAUUAUACCAAGCACAAUGUGGGGCCUUUAAGUAUAUAUAGAAACUGAAUUUGGAACUGUGUUUUUAUUGCUACAGGCAAAGUCUACUUAUCCCAUGUAGAAUACAAAUGAAAGGUGUCCUGUGGAGUUUUCAGUCAGUCAAACGUUUUGUUUAUGUUCUAUUUUAGUAACCAAAGCACAUCUUUGAAGCCGAAAUAAUGUGUUGAAUGCGUUUCCUUCCUUCCGUCCUUCUAAAACAUUUGCCAAGGCAGUGUUAAGGCAUUUCAAAUUCAGUACUGUUCCAGGUUCAUUCACUACUAGUCUUAUUUGUUCCUACUUUUACUGGUUGGAUUAUAGUCGACUAUUAAUCAAAGGUCAAAACCCCCACAGAGAACCUUUAAUUAUGCAUACACAUAUUAGACGUGAUACAAAUUGUUCAUUUAAUCAACAACUGAUAUUGAAUUCCAACAAACACUCCAAAACUGACAUAGUAGUUGUUCUUACCUCUAUUAUCCAGAGCGUGUUUGUUGCCCCCAUUGAUCAAUUCAUGCAUCAUUUUGAUUGGACGUCUUAGACUUGCUACUUCACCAGAAUAAAACCAACUGAAACCACAGAUUGCAUGUAAAAGAUGGACGUAGCCUCCGAGUCUGAAACCUGAAGCCAAAGCACAAGGGCCUCAAACCUGCAUUGUUUCUGGUGGCCAGCAGGGGGCGACUCCUCUGGUUGCAAAAGGAAAUCUGAUCGUACUGACGUCUACAAGAAAAUAGCCACGUUUUAAAUACAUUUUUUACACUUUACAAAUUCCCUCAAUUUUGCAAAAAUGUUUUACUUAUUUAAGGGUUUUUUGAAAAAAUAUUUUAUGCACUUGAUUGGGCAUGUAAAUACCUUUUUCGAGUACACUCUGGCAUAGCAAACAUUUAACUCACUUAAGUGAUAAGUUCUUACCACGGCAUUCAUUGUCUUCAUCAUUGAUAGCAUGAAACAUGGCUGAUAUCAGCUAAUAUGAAAAAGUGUCUACAAAUUCAUCGAUUUAGAACUACUCCCGAAGACGUCUCUUCAUUUUUCUCUGACAGAUGGCCAAAGAUUUUUUUGGUUGUUAUCAAAUUUAUUUUCUCAUUUGCUAGCUUCAAGUCACCUUCAAUACAACAUUGUUUAUGGUUGCAUUUGGAGUUAAUAAAAAUAUAAAGCAGGGUAUGUGUUAGGGCGGAGCUGUACAGUAUUUUUAAAAAAACUUAACAAUAUCUUUUAAACUAUAGUCCACAAACCAAUGUGUGAAGUUACCGUGGCUACAUCCAUCUUUUUAUAUAGUCUGUGGUCAAAACUAAAAAUGUCAAAAAUGCAACCUUGGCCCUUAAUUCUCUAUACUUUUAGUGUGUGGAUGAACAUGUAUAUCAGUACUUCUCUGUAAUUAUUUCAUUAUGUGCUUGGGCAUGUAAUAUUCCAUAGACAAAAACAUCAGCAUAUAUGAAGCUUCAGUCCAAGCUGCUCCUACAGUCUACUCUUACUGUCUAAAUAGAGAUCUAUUAUUUUUAUAUUGACACUGAAAAUGCUCCUAUAACACUCACUGUUGCUAUGAGUACGGUGCCGGUUUCAUAUACGUCAGUAUCGUAUUUUCACAUACAGUAUGCAGCCAUUGAACACAGCAAUAAAUUAUUUGAAAAGG